CGAACGGAACGCAAAAUUAGUGCAGAAAAAAGGAACCAGCGAAUAAACGAGCAAGUCUCCGGAGCCAACGAGAACGACAGGGAGACACUCCUCCUCCACCUAACUGUUCUUAUACCGUACAGCGAGUACGCGAUCGGAAGCUUGUGUAACCAGUGCUCGACAGCGUGAACUAUCCUAAAGUCUUUCCAAAUAGAAAUCAAAGUAAUUGCCACAAUGUCGCCGCAGGCCUACGGAACUACCCGUGAUGGCAGACACGGGAAAAAAGUGGAACCGUUUUCGCCAACCUUGGCACCGAUCGAUUCGGAGGGGCCACCAUCGCCAUCGCAUAACGGUGUUUCUUGGGAUACCGAAACGGGCGUUUCCGUUGUUAUCGUUCCAGAUCACAUUCUGUCGUAUUUUUUAGGGGGCGAUCCGGCACAGCACUUGAGCGUGUUGCCCGAUUUUGCUACUUCAAUGGGAGGACCCGAGCACUCCGUAGAAGAUUUUGCCAAAGAGUCGGGCGAUGAAAAGGAGGGAGAUUCCGUAAUGGAAGAGAACGAGGGGCUGCCACCACCGCCCACGCCGGUAACGCAAUUCUAUUCACACGGCACCAGUGCUCGAGAACAAAGUAGCAACCGGAAGUCCCGGCAACGGAGCAUACCGAAAACGUACCCACCAUCGACUCAAAGCAACUCUUCGUCGUCGCUUUCUUCCAUGACGGCGGCACUAGUCAGUGGAGGGCCCUUGGUAAACCAAUCACUACAGUCUAACCCACAACAGACGCGUUCGGACGGGACGUCCUUUGAUAUUGCGAGUUCUUCACCGAUUUCUCCAGCCAGUCUUAUCGGACCCGGUAUCGAAAAUCUCAUGCUGCCUCCACCUACAAGACAAGGAUCGAACACCAGCGUUCCACAGCAUCCAGUUCUAGGUCCGGAAGGACAAGCGCAGCAUCUGGCCUGGCUACGAGACCUCAACGCCAUGGCACGAGCAAACCACCAACAACAGCAACAUCAGACUCAGGCAAAUCCGCAAAUGCACGGUAUGAUGACUGGCCACACCGCACCACCGAUGAUCAUGCCACCCAACAUGUACGCGCAGUUACCAUCGUGGGCGUUGACACACACAUCGCCGGGACGGCCGCCCAAAACAGAAAAGGAAUCGGAAGAAAAACGUGCACUGCGGCUCCAAAGAAAUCGGGAGAGCGCCCGCAAGAGUCGCCGGCGCAAGAAAGACCGUCUUACCACCUUGGAAAAACAAGUCAGCAAAAUGCAGGACAAAAUCGCUCACGAACGGCAAGUGCAGAUCAAUGCCAUGGUUGCGGGUCUGACCGAGAGUCGAGUGCAAGGUAUUACGAAGUUGCAAAUUGACCAGAAUGGACUACUUUUUAUUGUCCGCAAUACGGGUCCAUACAGUCAAAUUGCCCAGGCUGUCUUGGAGUUUCAGUAUACUUUGUUGAAGCAGCUGCUACUGCCUCGCUAUCAGUCAAUGUGGCACUGGUUUGCGCUUCAAGAAGAAGCCUUCUUUACAAUAGGCAAGGAAGAAUACAUGAAAGGCGACGCGACAAAACAAGCAAUCAAGACACCCGCAGCACGGAUCAGUUCCAAACAGAUUGGGGAAGAAAUGUCAAGCCCUAAGGAAGACCAAAACAUUGGGCCUGACUUGCCGAUUCGUGGAGAGGAGAGUGCGGACCAGCCUCAGCCGCAGCGAACAGCCUACGCGAACGACGCACCGCGAAUGUGGCCCCUGUUUUGCUACGAAAUGAGUUUCAGCGUCGACCAGGAGGAAAAGUUAACAACAGCACAAAAGAAAUGCAACUCCAUGGAAGGUCUGGUCGCGAGUAGGACCGAGGCGGCGGCAGCUGUUCGAGCGGCUGCCAGUUUGCGAGUGGCGGUGGAAUCAUUGUGUCACAUUGUAUCGAGACGCGAGGAGAAAACAGUAGCCGCGGUGUUAUGUCCCGUGCAAGCCUCUCGCUAUCAAAAGUGGUUGGAAGAGAAUCGCUCAAGAUGCCACGACAAGCUGAUUUCUCGAAAGGCCACAAUGAAGGAUUCGUCAUCAAUGCCGGAUGGUCGGGAAGCUUCAUUGGAACAUAUUUGUCAACGGUUGAAUGAAGUUUUGCAAAUUUCCAAUAGAGAUAGAAAUUAA